AUGCCGGGAUCAACUCUGUCUGGCGGAGAUGCGCCUCCGAGCGUGCCAUUGAGCUUCUCAAACAAUUUCUGGGGCCGAGACGAUGCAGGCGUCGAUCCACUCCUCACCCGAAUGGCGAAUGCAAAGACGACCUGCGACGAGCUGAAAUCGUUCUACGCCGCCCGCGCCGCAAUCGAGGACGAUUAUGCCAGAAAACUCGCACAACUCAGUCGCAAGCCACUAGGAAGCGUGGAGCAAGGUACCCUGCGAUCAAGCUUGGACGUGGCGCGAGGCGAGACUGAGGCGAUGAGCAAGCAGCAUGCUCUGAUUGCACAACAGAUGAAGUCGGAGUGUGAAGAGCCGCUAGGUGCUUUCGCUGGUGGGAUGAAGGAAAGACGCAAGAUCGUGCAGAACGGCAUCGAGAAGCUGUUGAAGACGAAGCAAGGCCAGACCUCGCAUGUCAACAAGUGCAGAGACAAGUUCGAGCAGGACUCGUUGAGGAUCAAGGGCUAUCUCGCACAAGGACAUAUGGUGAUGGGUCAGGAAGAGCGCAAAAACAAGGCCAAGCUGGAGAAGACACAGAUCAACAUGGCCACCAACUCGAGCGAGUAUGAAUCGGCUGUCAAGGUGCUUGAGGAGACGACCGGUCGCUGGAACAAAGAGUGGAAGGCGGCGUGCGAUAAAUUCCAGGACCUCGAGGAGGAGCUCUGCGUGUCGGAUGACGCCUCAUGCGAAAAGGUUCGAUUGGCCCUCGAGAAGUGCGAGGUCGAGAAAGACAUCUCCAGCUUCAUCAAGACCAGCGGCACUGGCCAAGAGAUUCCAGACCCUCCCAAGUAUAUCAACUUCUGUCGAGGCGAUAUCGACAGCGCAUCCGAAGUCUCGCAGGACGAAGACUACACUGUUGCCCAAUUCGCAAGAACGACGAAUCCAGCCUUUCGGACGUGUUCGCCGAAACCUGCCGCAAUGAAUGGCUCUGAUCUAUCUCAGCGCUAUUCUGAGGAGCCCGAGAUGGCUGAUGACGACCAAGCUACACCACAAAAAGCGAACAGCGGUCGACCACCUCCUCUCAAUUACCGUCAAGGCGAUCCGAAUGUACCUCCUGACUAUUCGCCUAGCCAGCACGGUCCAGUUGUUGGUCAGAUUCCUCACAACCAGUAUCCUACAGAAGGCAUGACAAUGUUCUGCAGAGCAGAUGGACCAUCAAGGGCUGAGACUGCUCCCUCGGUAGAUGGCAGACCCAGCAGCAGAGACGACACUAGCGAGUACUCGGCUCCAAGCUCCUUCACAAGCGCUGAUCCAGCAUCGCGCACGACCUCGCCCACCAAGAAUGCUCCGGUCAACGGCGUCGGUUUGCCAGGGAUGUCUUCACCUAUGCCGUCACCUGACAAGGCUGUUCAAAAGAAGAGAUCCGGUUUCUUCUCCAACAGUCCUUUUCGCCGCAAGUCAAAGAAGGAAAAGGAAGCACCAGAACUGCAGAAGCGCAGUACAUGGGAUCCGAAGGGCAACACACGUAUCAAUCUCAACGCAUCAGACGUGUCUAGCUCGUCUGCACAGUCGAGUCCAACAAAGCCUCACACCGGCCGCAAUCUCUUUAACCGUAAUGCUGCUCCAGAGGGAGAAGAGCCAGCAGAUCCUCGAGCAUCCUUCCAGCUCAACGUUGGCAACAACGUUUUCGACGUUGGCAAUCCUGACAGCCAUCAGUCUACUCCGCGGGCAUCAUCCAAUAAUGCUCGCCUCAAUCGCUUCAACCAGCCACCAGCUGCGGCCGGCAGUGAUAUGUCAAUGGACCCAAUUGCUCGGGCUCUUGCUGAUUUGAAGUCAAACGGCGGCAGCAACUUUCCCUCCAAGCAAGCCAGCACGCGUGAGCCAGUCGAUCGCUACCAUGGCGUCAAGUCACCUGCUCCUGAUAUGAACCCUUCAGAGCGACCUGGAGGAAUGACUGCCGACCAGAGAGCACACUUGCUUGCCCAGGGACGGACGCCCCCUCCCGCAUACGAUCUUGGAGGCCCUUCACCUGCAGCCGGUCAUGCCCGGAGCCAGUCAUCAGUCCUCGGAGUUCCACAACCAGCUCACACUCGCAAGGAAAUGCUUGACCGCUCAAAGCAGUGGGGCAACGGCGGAAGCGCGCAAGCUAGUCCAGCCAGACCAGUCUCUCGCAAUGGUGAUGGCCGACGCAGUCCAGGUCCUGGUAUGGUCCCGCGAGCCGCAAGUCCACAGCCAGGCUAUGGUGGCGCACCGCAGAUGCGUGCACGCUCGCCUGGUCCCGGCAUGAUGCAGCAGACUCAAGGUGCGUACCAACGUGCAGCAAGCCCAAGUCCAUAUGCCAAUGCAGGCAAUCGGCCUCAUACGCAGAGCAGUGUCCGGCAAGGUAGCGGAAUGGAAAUGCAACUUAGCAGUCAGGACGUGGCUAGAUAUGGCGACAGUGGUAGUGGAAGGAGCCGUGCGCAGAUGGCUCAGCAACAAGAUCAGCGACGACCACAGAGCAGCUAUGGUGGAGAUCCAUAUGCUGGUCGACAAGGUGGCGGCGGUGGGAGUCAGUCAUCAUCAGCGGGUAUGAGACGUGAGCGCAGCAAGAGUAUGGGUCCGCCUCCAGGACGAGCGCCGCAGGUGCUGUAUUAUGCGCGAGCAGUCUACUCAUACAACGCCGCAAUCCCAGAAGAGCUCUCGUUCGCGAAGGGCGACAUACUGGGUGUGCUGAGACUACAGGAUGAUGGCUGGUGGGAGGCAGAGGUGCGAGAAAGCCAGAAGGGGACAAGACUGGGCGGUGGCGGAGGUCUGGUACCGAGCAACUACCUGCAGCGGUGUUAG